CAAUCCAUCCAUCUUGGGUUGGGUUGUUAGCCAUAGCAAAUUAGUUCAACACCAGACAUCCAGCCAUGGGUAUGUGUUCCAACAAGAAGCGCAGCAGCCCUGGCUUUGCUGUGUGGUGUGUCGUCCUGGGCUUAGCCCUGCUCGUCGCCGUCGAUGCGGCGGGCAAGGAAGGUGGUGGGCAAGCCGGGCACUUGGGUGAAGAGCAUGGGGAUGCAGCCUACUGCUCCGCGUUGUGCACCGGACGGUUGGACUUCGGACCGUGCUACAAUCAGUGCUUGUAUGGGAGGGUGACAGGACAAGAACAAGCGAGAGGAGGUGGUGGAGUUGCAGGGCGCGCUGGUCUCCUGGCGAUGCCGACGGAGGGCACCGGAGGCGAGGGAGAAGAGAAGGGGAAGCAAGAGGACCCCGUCGCCCGUCUGAGCGACCCAGUCUGGUGCUACAGUGCCUGCCGUGAACAUCCGGAAUUGGACUACACCCAAUGUGUCAAAGAUUGCUACGCUGAGAAUAUGCCGGACGCCGCACAGCUGGUGGCCCAUGGAGGAACCGGAGGAGAAGAAGCAAGACGAGGAGCGGUUGAUGUCCCAAUGGCGACGGUGCUGCAUGUGACUGCUGCAGGUGCACUGUCGGGGGGCAACUGCGAUGAGUAUUGCCGCAAACACUAUGAUGUGGGCUCACCCGGAUACAGGCACUGCCAGUAUAUGUGCCCACGUCUGACGGUCCAUGGGGUAGCACAAGGAGAAGAAGCAAGAGGAGGAGCUGUUGAUGGGCUGACGGCGGUGGGGAAACCACACUGCGACUGGUUCCGCGACUGUAGUGUAACACCAUGCGUCUGGCGCUGUGGGAAGAGGGUGCAAGCGGAGGACACACCCUCUGCCUGACAAACCAAUUGUCGCCGAGAAGUUGCUGCCGCCUCCUGAACGGACAGCAUCGUCUGUUCUCACAAGGUUUUAACUAGGUGGUCGAUCUUGUUUUAACUAGGUGUUCUCACAAGGUUAAUUAUCAUUUCCGUUUUCCUCCUAGUAUUGCAUGUGCGAGCACACAACCUUCUUUGUGUGUGCUGCGCUUUUAAGGCCACCACCGCUUUCCCUUUCUGAAUAAAAGGAGGUGCGAUGCAAGAAAAGCUGCACUAGUGUUC